CCAGGAGCCACCUAUAAAUAUGCUCAAUUAUACUCCAUGGAAUAUAAUCGGAUUCACAACCGGAUCAGAGUAUUAUACCGCGUAUAUCUGAACUCUCUUGCUUGCAAGCUGGCCGGUACAAAAGAUGGAAAAUAAAAUGAGAAUCAGACAUGUGGUUCAGCUAGUUGCUCUGGCAGCCUUAUUAGUCUCAUUUGAAUCAAGUGCGGCGGCGCCGGCGGAGAAUGACGGUGGUGGUCUCAUCGGAGCCACUUGCAAAAACACGCCAAACUAUACACUCUGCUUCGAUACCCUGUCCUCCGACCCUAAAGCGUCCAAAGGGGACCUCACUACCCUGGCGCUAAUCAUGGUGGAUGCCGUCAAAUCCAAGGCCAACCAGACAGCCGCCGUGAUCUCCGGCCUCCGACCCGGGGGUAGUAAGCCGGCGGCGGCGCUGAAGGAGUGCGCUUUUCAGUACAAGGUCAUUCUCACCGUCAGCGUGCCGGAAGCAGUCGAAGCUUUAACCAAAGGGGAUCCGAAGUUUGCCGAGGACGGCGUGGUAGGCUCGGCUAGCUGUGCCGCCGCGUGCGAGACGGCUUUCACGACUGCCGGAAAAUCGCCGCUCACCGAUCUUAACAAGGCUGUGCAGGACCUAUCCGACGUCGCUAGAGCAAUCAUUAGAAAUUUGUUGUGAUUUUAUUGCUCCCUCCUCCAAUUUGAUGAUGAUGUGAUUACACUUUACGAGAUUUGAACAACAAUAAAUUUAACCGAAUGUGUUAAAAGUUUACAUAUUCAAAUAUUACGUUGAAAGUUUUGCAAAAUUGCAAAAUAAAAAAUCAUUUUUUUUGAUAAAGUAAGAGAUUAAGAGUACAUAGUUUGUUUUGAUCAAGUGAAUAAGAAACAUGAUCAUCAAAUUAGGACAGAAGUAGUAGAAGAAAACUAGUGUGUGUACGUGAAUAUACGGUAAAAUAAAAUAUGUGUGUAAAGUUUGUUUUUAAAUGUAGGACAAUGAAUUGUAUGUGAAUUCAUCACUCAGUGUUUAAAAAAACAAUUCGACAAUGAAUAGAGCUGUCAAAUGAAUCAAAGCCCACAAGGCUAGCCCAUUUCAUUCAUUUCAUUAUGAGUUAGAGUUAUCACUUUUUAUCCUGAUGAACUCAUCAGUUUCGUGGGUCAACCUGCACUAGUUCCAGGUUAAGUGGAUCGACACCGACGACACAUGCAAGUUAAGAGUUAUCCAAAAUACAAGUAUCUAUUUUUGAGUUUCAUUGUAUUCAAUAUUGAUUGUUUACUACCAUAAAGAUUUUCAAAUAUACUUAUUAUUUUAC